UUCCAAUGUAACGACCCACUCCGGCCCAUGGCUGUUUGCGGAUUGAGGUACAUCAAUCGUGAGACCAACAUCGUAUGGUACAGCAUGGCAAUGGCGAAUGAAGUGCGGCAUAAAUACAGACAAUGGAACUGUGGCUACACCGAAAUGUUUUGUUGUGACCCCGUAGAAACCAGCUGGCUACCCUUACUACCGAAUUCUGCCUUGCGAAUAGAGGUCAAAAAGUCAUGCAAUCCCGCCAAGAUCACAAACUGA